AUUCGUCAGUCUAACUGUAGCCCCCCCAACUGUAAGUGAAAGGAGGUGCUGUCUCGCUUCUCACGGUAUCUGGGAAAUAAAACACAGCCAAAGGUGGAUCCGUGCAACAGAAGUGAUGACAAAGAGGAGGAAAAUGUGAGGAUGUGAGCGUUUCGGGGGGAGCGCUGGAAUCUCUGAUCGGAGCAGUUUACGGAGGUGAAGAGAAAGAGGGCAGUGCACCGGAGGAUAAAAGAUAAACCGGCCAACCAUUGGUGUUCACUCCGCUCCACACAGCCAAAUACGAGAGAGGGUAAUAAUGGACCUGUCAAUCAUGCUUCACUUGUUCCUCCUCCUCUGUUCCCUCAUCACUGUCCUGUGGGCAUGUCCAGAUAGAUGUCUGUGCCGUGAAAACAAAAUUCUCUGCAACAGCAUCUCAGACUUCCCCACUGCUGUUCCCUCCUCCACCACUACUUUUUACAUCGCCAAUGCCAAUAUCUAUUCUUUGAAACCUGAGGACAUGACUGACUUUGCUAAUGCCCUUAACAUGUUUGUGGUCAGAAACACUGUGUUGAGAGAGGUGCGCCCUGGCACUUUUGAUUCCACCAUUAACUUAGGCGCCUUGGGAUUUACCAGCAAUGAGCUGCAAGAUGUUCCCGAGGAUUUGUUCCAGAACCUUCUAAAACUGGAGUCUCUGACUCUGAACAGCAACCAGCUCCUGGUGCUCCGCCCACGCUGGUUUUCCUCCCUGUCUGCCCUCAAAACCCUUGACCUGGGCAAGAAUCUUUUCACUUCCAUACCCGUGGAGACUUUUCAUCCCCUGACUGAUCUCCAGUACCUCACCUUGGCCGGGAACAAUAUCAGCCAGCUUUCCAGGGAUACCUUCAAGGGUCUUACCAAGCUGAAGACCUUGCGCCUUAACAAAAACUCCAUAGGGGAAAUCCCUGCUGGCACAUUGGAUGACCUCGUAGACCUGGACGAGCUGUCCCUCCAUGACAAUCUGAUAACUCACCUCCACCCAAAACUGUUCUCCAAAACCCAAAACCUUCAGAAGCUUUUCCUUUCUCAUAACCAACUCAAAGUUCUUCCGGAAGGGAUCUUCCUUCACCUUCCCAAGCUGGCCCAAAUCUCCCUGUAUGAAAACCAGCUGGAAAGUCUGUUGCCAGGAGUGUUUGGGCCCAUGGCCCUGAACCAGUUGUGGCUUUACGAUAACAAGCUGAGCCGUCUUGAAGACAACACUUUCUGGAACCUGACCCAGCUGCAUCUGCUUGUACUCAGCCGCAACCAGAUUAGCUACGUAUCUUCGGAGGCCUUCAGAGGGUUGGAACAAGUCGGCGAGGUAUCCCUCCACACAAACUUUUUAACAACCCUGGAGGCUGGCACUUUCAAAUAUCUCCCCAACCUGGUCAACAUUUCCUUGGAGCACAAUUUCAUUAGCACCCUCCCAUCAGGCUUCCUCCAGGGUCUGAACCACCUGGGCCAGAUGGACCUGCGAAACAACUCUCUUCCCAACCUGCCUCAGAACAUCCUGGAGGAACUCACCAUGGUGAAGGAGGUACUCCUGCAGCAGAACCCUUGGAGGUGUGACCAAGACAUCCUGCCACUGAGGGACUGGAUGAUACAGUACCCUUCCAAAGUAAACCACAGCCUGGUCGUGUGCAAUACGCCCUCCAACCUGAGCGGUGAGGUAAUCGCCCUGCUGACGGAUGAGGAUCUGAUGCCUCUAAGCUCGACGAAAGAGCCUACACCCACCACGACAGAGAAAAGGAGAAAACCAAACACGCCUUCACCGACCAAGAGGAGCACCGCCUCCCCUGCUGUUGAGGCCACACCCACAUCAGGGCAGGGCGAGGACACCAGUGGUGGACCGGUGGUUGAAGGGGCGGAGUCAAAGGGCACCCUGAUCCUCAUCAUCGUCAUUGCUGUGGUAUGUACCCUCAUCAUCUGCAGCAUCAUUGGCUGCUGUGUGUGCUGGAGGAGGAAUAAGAGAGGUAGCCGAAAUCUCGGCCGCAGAAACAAGAACAACUCUGUGCUCUAGACCAGACCACCUAAACAUUAGCCAACACGAGAGCGUCUUUUAAGCCAACGGAAACUAUCCUCUGAUUACUGUGGCUAAGCAUAAUUAGAACUGUGGUUCGUCUGAAAACUGGGGGAGCCUGGAAAAUCUUUUUUAUAAGGCCUAAAAGGUAAUGUUUUUGUAGUGAUGACUCCAGCAGCCAACACAGGAACCAACUAGUACAGCACUAUGCAGAAGUGCUUAUCAGAACACAGAAGGGGAAAAAAGACUUCCUUUUGAUUAGUUAUGAUGUUAGAAUCAAAUUUACCAUGCCACACUAAGGAGGUUGUUAUGCAAAUUCACUGUGUCCUGAGGCUCAAAUGUUUUUUUAAAAAAAGUUUUUUUACAAUGGACCAAAAAGGAUAAAAAGUAUAUCCAAUGGAAAUAUAGCUCCCUAAAGGCAGUGAGACUCAGUUGGAUAUAAUGUGAACAACUGAACACUUACGAGAAUCUACUCUUAAAUGUUUUUAAAUUGGAUUGCCUUUAACAUAAUUGAGACUGUAUUCAGCAUACUGUUCCACGAUGAUAUAAUAUUCCAGUCUUACAACAAUUUUUCUUUCAAUAUUAGCACAUUAAAAUGUUAACUGGAUAAUUUGAUUGUGAUGACCACUUUUCAGUGCAAAAGACAGUAGCUCUAGAAAACAGUUUAACUCUGGCUCAGUGGCUGUUUCAUAAAUCGCCUGUCUUUUCCAUGAUACAAUAUGAUAUAUCAUUCAACAUUACAUUGAAAGUACUGAUAUUAUUUAAAUAAAAGCACUAUGUUAAGUAGCGGUAUUGUCAGAUUGUGUUAACUGGUGGAUUAAUCGUGCUAUUGCUAAAAUACCUUCUAACAUAGGAUGAUAUGACCUUCCCACACUGCAUAACACGAUGCAGACGGAUGUAAGAAGAGCUGUUUGAUAUCAAGUCACGCUUCGUAGCCACAUCAGGACCAGAGAUUUACUGGAAGGUGAAGCCACGGACCAUUAUAGGGUGAAUAAAAGCGAUGGAGAUAAUUCAAAGGGCUACAAUUCUGUGGUUCUGGGUCCGUAUUUGGUAACCGAGAUCUCUGGCUAAAGCCCAUGGUUUGCUGCAUAUGGUGGGGAGAGGGUAACCACCAAAGCCUUCUCAAGUCCACUGAAAACCAGACAUGAUAAAUGAAACUCUGAAGGAUAGUAGUUUAACAUUAAGAAAGUAUGAUACAUUUGGUCUUAUUAGCUAACACAAUAAUUAGUAAAACCAGUUGGGGUCACAAGAAAACUUACCCUGAAAAUUUUGGUCCCCUAAAAAAAAGUUUGAAAACCACUGGUUUGAAUCUUUAUAGUUUCAAUUAACAUAUAAUUAUUACACCAAGUCCGUAUUGGGCCUACAGACGUUGUUAUGUAGAAUUUACCUAUUUUUGAAUUGGCAAUAUACUUGCCACCCUAUCCAAAAAUUGUCACAUGGAUUUAACUUAACAAGUUUUGCCUCUCACACGGUGCACCAGUUUCAUGCAAGCCCAAAAGGACGACUGAAGCAGUUUUGCACAGCCAGAUGAACAGAAGAUGAACCAGCAGCUCUGUUUAAGAGCAAACAUAUAAAAUGUGAAAAAUAAAG